GCUACUCUUUGCCACAGCCGUUGCAACUGCGGCACAACAGCAGCGUCUUAUCCUGGGUUGCAAUAUCUUGGCUUUCUUGGACCUGCAAUUGCGAGCUGUUAAGUAUGCCAGAUGCCUCAGAGUUGCAUGGCGCACAUGUGUGCCUCAGUCCGAUCCCUUGUUACAUUAUCUUCAGCGACCUUGAGUUGCUGCAAGUUUGUCGUUCUCCCACACUCCAAAACAGGAAUUCGACAUGACAGAUCCCAGCUACGCAGCAGCUGAGCCGGGAGACUUCUUCUGUCCAGCCGGUGGUACUUGGUACGUGUGCGAGACAGGCACAAAGUUUGUCGGAUGCUGCAUGUCGGAUCCGUGCCAGCAUGCCUGCUUCGGUGAUGCUCUACGACCAGCGGGUCGCGAUCCCAGACUCAACAAUAUAUCACCCGGCGCAUCCUGUGGUGGUACGACACCCUUCUGGACUUGUUCGAUGGCUCCGACAUUCUAUGGAUGUUGCAACGAAGAUGCGUGCAUGAACAAUUCGACAUGUCCAGAGGGGCAGCUAGAGCCAGCGUUCUGGGAUCGACCAGACCAGUACUACUACUUCCAUGACUUGAACGUUGCGCUUUCGUCCACUUUUCCUGCGCCCACGGCAUUUUCAACUGCUGUCAGCACAUCUACGCCCGCCAGUGAUACGCCUACAGCCACAGCUUCCGCCAGUUCCGAUGGAGUCUCUGGCGGGGUCAUCGGAGGUGGCGUUGGAGGUUCACUGGCUGGUCUUAUUGUUAUCGCUGCUGUCGUUUUCUUUCUAUUCCGCCGCCGCCGCCGCCGCAACAAGAAAGUCAAUGCCGAAGCAGAGGCAGCGAACGGCCAGGUGAUACCAAAAGCUGAACUGGCGUCGCCUACAACAACUACUGGUCUCGCACCGUCAAACGGAUUCUCACCCCCUCCCACAUAUUCUUGGGACACUUCCGGCCACGAACAGAAAUGGACACGACACCAAAUUGGCACUGGGGAAAUGAUGAGAGACACAAGAAACCGUGAGGUUAAUGCGAAAUGCGCCGAUGGUCAUGGGCCUGCCGAGCUGUAUGGGGCUCUGCCGGCAAAUGAGCUUGAGUCGUCAGAGUAUACUCCAAAAGUCGCGCGGGGAAAGUCCGCCCAGGACAUGUCGGAGCAGCAACCACAUGGCUCGGGUGUCACUGGUGAUGAGAAAGCGGCGUCUGUGAAUGCGCAAACGUAGAGGGUUUUUAGCUAUCCGCAAAACGUGAGACUGAAGCCUUGCGGGGCUUUGUGUACCAAGAUUCUGUAGGCCAGUAUGUAAUCGACUCCAACCCACCCAUACGCGACGCUUCUACGUUCUUGGUUCAUCACGACCGAUCCAAGUACGGCCAUAUGCU